UCCCUCCCAAACAAUAGCCUGCCUCAUGGUGUCGUACAGUCUCUGAACUGAAGUAGCGUGCGUUUGAGUGGCGUGUUCAUGUAGUAAAUUAAGCCUGCCAGCAGGUUAUGGACGUUCAUAUUAAACAGCGAGCUCUGAAACUAAAAGCACUGCCCCAUCUGUAUGGCAACAAGGGGCAAUAAGAAAAACCAGGACAGGACGUUUAAAAAGCUGUUAUCCCCUUCCGCGGAAAGUUACUGUAACUUUACGCAUUUGUAGUUUCUUUUCAUAGCCAAAGAACUUUACAUUUUUCAUCUUUCUUUUUAUGUUUCUUUUUUACUUACACUAGCAACAUUUCUGAAUAUGAAAGAAAUCACCACUUUGUGUAGUGUAAAAAAUAAGCAAUUAGCCUUACGCGUUAGUUUUACUUGACAUAACAACCAGGCUAUCUCACUACUUUAAUUUGUGGGACGUCCGUCGGUGAGACGCGGAGGGUGGGGCGGAAGGAUCUACACUGAGCGGCACGGUUUGUCCCGGUGACGCAGUUGGUUGCUAGGUGUGAAUGGACUGAUGCUUUCUCGCAAUUACACUCCUCCUCAGUUUACAGGUCGACCACAAGCAAAGCAGCAACUCAUCUUUUUGCGCUGUUCCGGAUAUUCCGAGCUAAAAUAUGGCUCUUUAAAUUUGUGAAGUUGUUGAACCUGAAAAGAAGCCGUGCUUUGCAUUAGCAACGCACCCCCAAGUGCUCUACACAUUUUUCUGCAAGAAUGGAGUUUCAUUAUGCUCACCCAGCCCUGCUCUCUGUGGCCCAUCUGUCAGACCCUGCUUGCUCUCACCAUAUGCUUGGACUUGAACUGAAUCAAAGCACCAGCAGACAAAAUGAUGGCAACAUCAGCUCCUGUUUGGAAGACUCUUCAUGUCUGCCCAGCAGACCUCCUCGCUCUCUCUCACCCACAGGCUAACCACAGCCAAUCACAGGGGUGCAGGGGGGAGGUGUCAGAGGAGAGUCAGCACUUAAUUGGUGAUGGUCUCACUGACUGGAUGACGGAAGAAGUGGAUUUCUCCUCGUACCUCCCAAACCCUCCUUCCCCUCCCUCCUCCACCAAUGCCUCCCUUCCCCCUUCACCCCUUCAGAAUGAUAUCCAGGUGCCCUCUGACUUGGAGGUCAUGACCUCUCUGCUGCAAGAGGAACUUGCCCAACUAGAGGACUACUUCCUGUCUGAACCACUGCCAGAGAAAGGGCCGAGGCUGGGAAGAUGUGACAGGGGUCCACUGCCAGUGGGUCCGCAGCCGUACAGUCAGCUGCCUUAUGCAUCAUACUCUACAUCCAACCAAUCAGAAUCCAACCCAUUUCUUGUUACCCUGGCAACCAGUGAACUGGACCUGCUAAGUAUCUGUGGUGGGCCCCUUGGGCGAUCCAAAAUUCCAAGACACACCCCGUACAGCUGCAGUCGCCCCAGUGGGUGUGGUAGGAAAAGAGUUCCUGAUGGUGUGAGGUUCAGUGAAGGCUAUGAUAACAGUUUGUUGACUUCCAAAGCAAGCAACUCAGGUAACUCAGCAGUGACCCUUACUGGUAAUUAUGGCUGUGUAGAGGACGAGCAGCUGGUAGGUAAAAGCUACUGUCUGGGUAGUGCAGUGGAGGUCAGAAGAUGUGCCGUUCUGCCCAAAGAAGAGAAAAAUUGCUGUUUCACUCAAGAUGUGAUAGGUGGUGUGAAGGUUGUUGGCGGAGGAUUUGGCUUUGGUGGAUCACUUGAUGUUCCACAUAAAAAAGAGGAUUUGUUGAUGUACAGCAUGAGGGAGGUCAGCGGAGGCACUGGUAACAACGAGGUGCUGAACAGCAUCAAAAGUGUGGAGGUGACAAAAGCCACAGUUUCUUGGAAAACCGAGAGCAGUGAAGGUUAUCUUCCAGCUACACCACAGUCUGAGGCCUAUCAUAGUUUCUUAGGCAACAUCAAUGAACAGGUCAAAGCAGAGAGUCUGCAGAUAGGGCAACAUGAUUUACACUGUAAUUUCCUUGAGGAUCAGGGCCCAGAGUGUCUUUUAGUGGCUAGGGAGAGUCUGAACUUGGAGUCAUCAGGGCAAAGACAAGCAUGCAGGCUGAAGGACGACCACUGUGCUCUGAAAUACGAAGUGGACAUCAUUCCAGUUGAAGGCGGGGAGCGCAAACAGAAAAAGAGAGAUCAGAAUAAAACUGCCGCUCACAGGUAUCGCCAGCGAAAAAGGGCAGAGCUAGAUUCUUUGGAGGAACAGCUGCAUCGCCUUGAAGGGAGGAACCGGGAGCUCCGGGACAAGGCAGAGUCUGUAGAACGUGAAAUCCAGUAUGUCAAAGAUCUGCUGAUUGAAGUUUACAAGGCCCGUAGCCAAAGGCUCAAGCAGGACACGACAGCGUAACACCAAGCUCCUGCAAGUACAUGUAAAGAGGGUGUAACAGGGAAAAUGUGUGGAGUUUCUUGUGUCUUUAAGAUUGUCCAGAAUUGAAUGUUGUUUCUUUUACAGUGGGUGGGAUAAAUGCAUGCUUUGCUAAUGUGAAUUAUUUUAUACAUAUUAAAUCAACACUCUAUCCAAUGCUUCCGUUGCUUUCGCACUCUAAUCGACUGAACCUGCACUGUGGCAUUGCAAUGCUUAACACGACAAUCAUUUCUAAUAGAUCUCGCACUGCAAGAAUCUAAUUGAAAUAAGGUUAUAUCUGAAGAAGUAAUGUUAUUCAUUAUGCAGGUUUAAUAUUUUUAAUAGCCUUACAUUGGAAUUGAUGUCAGCAAUAGAACUUAAUGUUUUGCUUUGUUUUUAUUUGCAGUUACUGUAUCACCUUUUCAACAACAGAUAGUGAAAUAUGUCUCAUCAUUUCAUUUUAAACCCAUCUUGCAAAGCAAAUACUUUUCUAGAAUAAUUUCUAGCCAUCCUUGAACAGCAAAUGAUAUUUUGAUUUUUAUGUUUAAAAUAUUAGAAUUGUGUAUUGAUUUUUACAACUGCGAAAAGAACGGCUGACAUUAAGAAGAGGAACCUUAGCAAUAAUAUAAUUUAAUAUUGUUGCCUUUUUUGUGCAGGCCCAAAUAUUGAUAAGUUAAUGGGACUUGUAUGUUUUGAGCAAGUUGGUUGGUUUUUCUUUUUUUUUUUUUUUUUUUUGCUUGCAGUCAAGCAUCUUUGUCUGUUUACAUGUUUUAUUUUCAUCACUUUAAUGUGACAAACACGUACUUUUGUUUAGAAGUGAGUGCAAAUAUUUUACAACUGAUAGAUUCAGUGACCAAGAGAGAGUUCAUUUCAUAUUUAUACUGUUUUGAAGGUGGAAACUGUUUGGUUAUUGUAUUUGUGGCAGUUUGCAAAAUUGCUUCUCUUGCAUAUUGCAAAUAAUACAAUCUGUUUUGCAGCUCAGGAUAUGCAAUUUAUCCUAGUCCUACAAAUGUCAUGGCAGAUAUCUUUCAUUUUACCUGCUAAAAAUUCACUGACAUUCAAAUUUUCCUAAUGUAAAAAAGGUUUUCCUUAUGUAUAAAUUCUGUAACUAGUGAAGUUUUAGUAGCUUUCCUCUGCAUGUUUUUCCAUAAAAUGUGCUCUUUCUCUCUCUCUAGAAUAGGAUUUCAGAAAUAAAUCCGGGAUCUUUUUCCAAACUGCUUGUUAAGGCAAUAAGUUUUAUAGGCCUCUGGCUGAUCUGCACUAAUUUGUAACAACUUUUGUAUAUUCAGGGAGUGGAGUGUGUUAGCCUUUUGUUUGUAGAAAAUAAAAAAAAAGAAAAAUCUCAUUAGAUUAUUUGUCAGGGCUUUUGCAGUGUUAGCGUUGGUGUAAGAGGAUACUGUCUGAAUUGUCUGUUCAUUUGUCGCUAUUCCAAGCAAAUAACCACUAAUGUCAGGCUACUGUUUAACAUGCCUACUGAAGAUGGCUUUUUUCUAUGCAUAGGCUAUUUAUUUUAAGACAAUCUUGAGUAUAAACGCUGACAAAAGACAAAUUGUUGGUUCAGCAUUUUGGCUAGAAGUUCAUCUUUGAUGAUGUACAAUCACCUCCGAUUAUUAAAACCAAAAAUACGUAUGAAGGUAUAAUUUCAAAGUACGUUAUAUUGCUUUGUAAUGUCAGAUUAAUUUAAUCACAUCAACAUAUUUUUUGUGUCG